AUGGUUCCCUCAGAUGAGAAUAUCACUGUGCCAGAAAGCUGUCCCAACUGCAGUUCCUCCUCCUUCGCUGAGGUGGAUAUCACUAAGGCGGUGACCCUGGGCCUGGUGAUGGGGUUCUUUGUCAUCUUCGGGGUUCUCGGUAACAUCCUGGUUAUCCUGUCUGUGGUGUGCCACCACCACCUACGCUCCGUCACACACUACUUCAUCGCCAACCUUGCGGCGGCAGACCUGCUACUGAGCUCCACCGUGCUGCCGUUCUCUGCCACCUCGGAGGUCCUAGGCCGCUGGGUGUUUGGCCGGUCUUUCUGCAGUGCCUGGGCCGCCCUGGAUGUUCUCUGCUGCACUGCCUCUAUCCUAAGCCUGUGUGUCAUCUCUGUUGACCGCUACCUAGCAGUCAGCUACCCGCUGCACUACCCUGCCAUGGCCACUGGGCGGCGCGGCCUGGUCGCAGUGGCAGCUCUCUGGGGCCUCUCGGCAGCCAUAUCCGUAGGUCCACUCUUCGGCUGGAAGGAGCCCGACCCAGAGGACGAGACUGAGUGCCGGAUCACAGAGGAACCGGGUUAUGCUAUUUUCUCUGCCCUGGGGUCGUUCUAUGUGCCACUAGCUGUCAUCCUGGCCAUGUAUUGCAAGGUGUAUGUGGUGGCCAAGCGGAAGACUCGAGACCUGAGGGAGGGCAGGAAGAGGGAGGGGGGGAUGGACACGGAGGGAGAGGGAGUGACACUGAGGAUCCAUCGGGGAAAUGCCCCUGCUAAGCCAGAGGGGCAAGAGGAGGAGGGAGAGAAGUGCAUCAUGAGGCGGAGACGCACCACCUUCGCCCUCAUACACCUGCUGAAAUUCUCCCGAGAGAAGAGGGCAGCCAAGACUCUGGGCAUUGUGGUUGGCUGCUUCGUUCUCUGCUGGCUGCCCUUCUUCCUGGUUAUGCCCAUUGGCUCCAUAUUCCCAUCGUACAGGCCAUCUGACACCAUAUUUAAGAUCACCUUCUGGCUGGGGUACCUCAACAGCUGUAUCAACCCCAUUAUCUAUCCCUGCUUCAGCCAGGAGUUCCAGAGGGCCUUCCUCAACGUUCUGCAUGGACGCUGCCUCAGACAGGGUGGCAGGAGCUCCAAGUCUCUGGGGUUUGCUCCUUCCUAUAGUCCCAGUCCUGAUCCAUCGUCUCUUAUUAGAUCCCAGCCUCACCCCUCCUCCUCCAGCUCCUCCACUCCCCCCACCCAGCCACGCCGAGCCGCCUCCCCAGCCUCUCACGCCUCUUCCUCUGGUUGCUGGAAGACCUUCUCUGGCUCCUCUUCCUCAGUGGGGGUGCCAGGCCAUACCCAAAGUACCCGGGUCCACAGUAAAAGCCUGCUGAAGGUGUGGUGUUUUGCAGCGGGGGAGAACCCGUCCCAACAGGGUGCUGCUUGCCUGAGCCCCUCAGCCCCUGGUGCUACAUGUCAAACGAAAGUCCAUUGCCACUCCCUGGGAGCAAGAGGGGAGGCUGUCUGA